AUAUGGCCGACUCAUAAACCUCAUAAACAUCCACCAGCUAUGGUUUUACGGGUUAUAAUGUGUCAUUGUCUAGUUUUUAUUCACGAUGAAAGCUCUUAUCCUAGCGGCUGGCUAUGGAACAAGACUCGAACGAGAUCUCAAAGUCGACACUAGCGGGAAAUAUGACCAUUUGUUGGGAAUCCCGAAACCUUUGAUGCCCAUUGGCGGGAAACCCUUGAUUACAAGAUGGAUGGAAUGUAUAGUUGACGAAGAUUCUAUCSACGAAGUUUAUGUUGUGACUAAUUCUAGAUAUCUAGAAAUAUUUCAGCAGUGGUGCAAAGACUGGCCCAAUGUAAAAGUCAUUAAUGAUGGGACUAUAUCAAAUGAGUGCAGACUAGGAGCAGUAGGRGCCAUACAGUUAUGUUUGCAUCAAAUUAAGGAUACAAGUGAUGAUCUUAUAAUUAUUGGUGGCGACACACUGUUUUUGGAAGACUUUGAAAUUAAAAAUGUUUUAGAAGACUUCAAGCAGAAUAAAGAGCAAGUUAAAAUAGGAGCACAGGCCCUGUGUUACAAUUGCAAAGAUGAUGAAACGACCAAGUUUGGAAUAUUAGAGGUUGAUGAAAAUCAUAAAGUGACGUCUUUCCUGGAAAAGCCAAGUCCUGAUCAAACAUUAUCUAGAUGGGCUUGCCCUUGUUUUUACAUCUUCAGCCGUGACGCCUUUCCAUUGGUCAAGAAAUUUCUAGAGGAGAAAAAGGAUUCUCCAUUACGAGAAAGAGACGCCCCCGGCAAUUUCAUUCGUUACCUCUGCACACGGCUUCCUGUAUACGCUUCAAUCAUUUCUGGACGUUUUGAUGUUGGUGGACUUCAAUCCUACAUCGAAUGUGAUCAACACUUUCUUCAGCACAACAAGGCAGGAAAAACGAAAGCAGAGUCUUAGAAUUAUUUCUUAUUUUCGUAAGCACCUUGUAAACAGUCUGGAAAGAAAUGAAAAGCUUUACAUUUA